AUGGCAUACAACCUACGACCACGGAAGAAAAACAAAGUGGACGGGCUCCGUCCCAAACCCGAUGCCGAGACCAAGUCCUCUCCGUCCCACCCGCUGCCGAUGUUCCCGCCAACGCCUCUGAAUGGGCCCAUCCAGACGCCUCUGAUCGCCCGUCUACCCACCGAGCUUUUAACCACCAUCUUCUCUCUCGUGGGUCCCUUUGAGAAAUCGGAACCAUAUACAUGCCACAUCAGGAAUGCAGAGACAUGGAUGGGAUGGGUGCCACUCAUGCUGGUGUGUCGGCACUGGCGCAACGUCGGUAUCGCAACUCCGUGGUUAUGGCGCAGGAUCAGCAUCACCUGUAACUUGGAGGCGCUGCAGUACCGUCUCUCGCGCACAGUGGAUUGCACCAUAGACUUGUUCCUGUCCCGCUUGCGCGAAGAAAACGAAAAGGCUAUGCCUCUGCUGCUGCCCUUCGCGCGCAGCAUCCGCUCCAUCCAUAUACCCGAGUACACGCGGUCGCGACGGCGCCGAGUACGCUUUAAGACCGAUGACCUGCCCUGCCUCAAACCGCUGUUCGAGGUCCCCCUCCCUGUACUCGAGCACAUCGAUUUUAGCAAGCUUCAAAGGCCGUACGAAGGUCCGCUUGAGGCCCCGUUUGACCUCGGACUGUCGGAGAAGCUGCAUCCCGGCAUCCUUCGGUUCGUUGUGCCCUCCUACAUCAAGAUGCCUUCUACACCGAGUUUCUGGAGUGCACUGCGCGAGCUCGACGUCCGCUUCGAGAUGUCUGAGGACCGUCGGACGCGCUUGGACGAUUUCCUCCAAGUUGUGGCCGGCGCUCCCUACCUCGAGUCUCUGGUGGUCUUGGGCACUCUGUUGUCACUCACGCUGAGUGAGAAGGACACCUCCCCCUCGACCGUUGGUGUCCCUACCUCUCUGUAUCGGCUCUCCAGACUCCGGACAAUUCAUCUUGAUGGCGAGCUCACCUUUAUCGCCCCGAUCCUGCAGAGGAUCGACGCGCCCGCAUUGAGCGUCCUCCACAUCAGCGCCUCUAUACCUCCGAAUGUCGACAUUGCCGAAUCAGCCGCACUGCUGUUUCCGCCGCCUCUCCGCCGUGUUCUCUCAAAAUGCAAGGCUCUGUACGUCUCCAGGAAUCACUCAUGGGACUUCCAAAUUUGUUCGGCCGCCGUUUUCAAACCCGACUAUAUCCGGAAUCAAGAGGACGCAAUGCGUGUGCCUCUGUACUUCCGGGUCACCCGCUACCAGCUCUCCUCGCAGCUCAGCACGGCCAUCGGCGUGUUGUGUGACGGAUUCUGUACCGCGCCGCUACGGACACUCUCUUUCGAGGGGUUUUACGAUGCCGCCCCCGUUGCCGCUUGGAGACUGCUUCAGGCGGCGUUCCCCGACUUGCAGAUCGUCCGAAUUCAAAGCGAGGGUCUAUGGGUUAUCUACCACUUCUUUCUCGCGCUCCGAGAGCUGGCGCUCAAGGGCGGAUGGCCAUUGCUUUCGCGCCUAGAGGUCGAUUUUGGCUUUCAGUCGAACUACAACUCCUUGGGGUGGCACUUUGUCUUGCAACCCCUCUUGGAGGCCGCCCGCGCUUGGCACGAGCAGAAACUGCGCCUCGACGAAAUAAUUCUGCAGCGCCUGCACAUCACGCGGUGGCAAUUUGGGCCCCAUAGGUGGGCGCUCUUGACCAUCGCCGCGCUAUGCGACCGCUUCAUCCUUCGCAACUUCCUCGUCGAUGGCAGGUUGUUCUACGACGCGUUCCAUCCGGUAUGGAGGCUUUUGAAGAAUGCAAAAUAUCAGGUGUCGACAGGACAGCAAACGGAAAACACCGAGGACCCGAAGCAGGAUGUUAUGGAUGGCACAGAAGCAGGUUCGUUGGGGGUUGAAUUGCCCGAGAUAGGAGGCGUGAGACAGCUUCGAGAGAAGGUCUUGACGCAAUUGCUGCAAUGGUUCUGUGAGUAUGGCACUCCAGAACACGGGCUACUUUCCCCUAACUAA